AUGCUGGAGGCGCCGCCGCAGUUUGAGCCGCUGAGCGCGCAGGAGGCUGCGGGCGGCAAGUCGGAGUUUCGGCGCGUCUCGGUGCCGCCGCACCGGUACACGCCGCUGAAGAAGGACUGGAUGCAGCUCUACACGCCCAUCGUCGAGCAGCUCAAGCUCGACGUGCGCAUGAACCCGCGCAAGCGCUGCGUCGAGCUCAAGACGUCGCAGCACACGGCCGACAUCGACGUGCUGCAGAAGGCGGCCGACUUUCUGCGCGCGUACAUGCUCGGCUUCGCGGCGGCGGACGCGGUCGCCAUCCUGCGCGUCGAGGACCUGUACGUCGAGUCGUUUUCGGUGACCGACGUCAAGAUGCUCAAGGGUGACCAUCUGGCGCGAGCGAUCGGGCGGGUGGCGGGCAAGGACGGCAAGGCCAAGUUCGCCAUCGAGAACGCGACGCGCACGCGCAUCGUCCUCGCGGAGAACAAGGUGCACAUCCUCGGCUCCUUUGCGCGCAUCAAGGUGGCGCGCGACGCCGUCUGCAACCUCAUCCUCGGCUCACCAAUCUCAAAAGUGCAGACGAACCUGCGAACCGUCUCGAGCCGGCUAUCGCAGCGCAUGUAG